CCAAAUGUUGAGGGACCACACCAUAUCAGCGAUGAGAUACAUUGAAAAAGCUCCCUAGUAUAACUGUGCUCUAUAUAAGUUAAGUGAGGCCCCGUCGUUAAGUCUCUAUUAAUAAAACCAUUACUCACGACUCCAAUUACUCAUCUUUGAAGUAUUUGGAUAAAUGCAUAGGGGAACACCAAAAAAACCCAUUACCAACACUUUUACCAGCUACUUCUGCAGAUGUUUUUUUGAAGAAAAAAAUACUCAUCUAACCCAACACAAUGGCAGACAAAAUUAAAGAUGCAAAGAUCAUCUUUGUUGUGGGUGGGCCUGGCUCUGGAAAGGGCACCCAGUGUGAAAAGGUAGUAGCAAAGUACGGCUACACCCACCUGUCGUCGGGGGAUCUGCUCCGUGCUGAGGUGGCUUCUGGCUCUGAGAGGGGCAAGCAGCUCCAGGCCAUCAUGCAGAAGGGAGAGCUGGUGCCCCUGGACACGGUCUUAGACAUGAUUAAGGACGCCAUGAUCGCCAAGGCUGAUGUAUCCAAGGGCUACCUUAUUGAUGGCUACCCCCGUGAAGUAAAGCAGGGCGAGGAGUUUGAGAAGAAGAUUGGCAAACCCUGCCUGCUGCUGUACGUCGAUGCAAAAGGCGAGACGAUGGUCAAGAGGCUUAUGAAGCGCGGUGAGACCAGCGGCCGCUCUGAUGACAACGAGGAGACCAUCAAGAAGCGCCUGGACCUGUAUUACAAAGCAACUGAGCCCGUCAUCACCUUCUACGAGAGCCGCGGCAUUGUCAGGAAGGUGGACUCUGAGCUCCCAGUCGAUGAGGUCUUCAGCCAAGUCUCCAAGGCUAUUGAUGCACUGAAGUAAAGCAACAUAACUGGAUGAGCUGUGUCUGGUUGUUGUUGUUUUAUUUUUUUAUUUUAUCAGUAGAAGUUUCAUAUGGACAUAACAUGAACUAAUUUAAUACCCUAACCACUGUUCUUGGAAAAAAAAAAAAAAAAAAAACUGAAGGCCGUUAAAGAUCAAAGAUGCCUUAACUCUGCUUAGACUCUAGCAGUAGGAAUCUACAAAUUCUAAAAAGGAAUCUGUUUAAAGCAGCAUCGGAAAAUUAAUUUGUGUCUUUCUAUAAUUAUUGAUUCUGUUCUGUGCUAAAUACGUAUGUCGAUGAAUCCAAAAGUGUACUGUAUACAGGAGGUGUGGACCAUCUCCUAACCUUCAAAGCACCAUGCUCACACUCUGGGGCGAACCUGCACUUCUUAUCUCAUCUUAUUUCCAGAGUCCAGAGUUCUUGGGGAAAUAAUAGAGUCCUCUAUGAUUGUGCCAUUAAACAAUAGCAGAGAUCACCCACUGUGGGCUGACUGGUGAAACUCUGUAUACAAGUACAUUCACAUAACUUUUAAAUUACUUUUCUCAACCACCAUGGACAUCAUACAUUAUUUUCUAUUAAUCCAUUUACAACUUUGUUUAAAGCACAGAAAUAUAUAUAUUUUCAUCAAGUUGCACACAUGUAACAUGGUAGUGUAUAAAGUGGUAUAUGUAAAAAAGAAAUAAAGAAAA